CCGAGGGCGGGGCCGAGGCCGCUGACGCGGCGGUGGCGGCGGAGUCACCCGGCCAGCCUCGGGACCGGUCACCGGCCGGCAACCGUCCAGCGGCCUCGACCACCGCCUCCGUGCUCCGUCCUCACUCCUCUUUCCCGGGCCGAGAGGCAGCGUGGCCGACAGUGGCUAAAUUCUCUCUCAUUCCUGUCGGCGACUCGCCUCAGGCGGGCCGUCUGCUCUUCGGGGGCCGCCUCGGUGGGGCUAGGUUUCCGUGACGAACCUCCUGGGGCUGCCCGCGCCCGCUCGGGCCGUCGUGUCGGCUCGAUUUUGUUGAACUUGCUCAGCCUCCGCCGCCGGUCCGGGGCCCUCGAAGUUAUGCGUCUCGUCCAGGAGGUGGCGGCGGGUGCCGGCUCCUAAAGGCGUCAUACCCGGACUCCGCUGACUGGGCAACCUCCAUUCAUCUUCCAGCUGCGCCGCCAGCGCCCUCUCCCUCUCCCGUCCCCUCCUCGGACUCAUUUUUUCCUUCCCUCCCCUCUGCCGCCCUUUCCUCACUCCUUGGGUGCGGCGAUUCUCCUGCGACCGGAGGUGUCGGUUAUGAGCCGGACGCCCCUGCCCUGAAUUUCUCCGCGGAGGAGCUCGGCGGCUCCCCGCCACCCGCCGCGUCCCCGGGAUGGGGGUGAAUGCUGUGCACUGGUUCCGAAAGGGGCUUCGGCUUCACGACAAUCCUGCCCUGAAGGAGUGUAUUCAGGGCGCCGACACCAUCCGCUGCGUCUACAUCCUCGACCCCUGGUUCGCCGGCUCCUCCAAUGUUGGCAUCAACAGGUGGCGAUUUUUGCUUCAGUGUCUUGAAGACCUUGAUGCCAAUCUGCGAAAAUUAAACUCUCGUCUGUUUGUGAUUCGUGGACAACCAGCAGAUGUGUUUCCCAGGCUUUUCAAGGAAUGGAACAUUACUAAACUUUCAAUUGAAUAUGAUUCUGAGCCCUUUGGAAAGGAACGAGAUGCAGCUAUUAAGAAAUUGGCUACUGAAGCUGGGGUAGAAGUAAUUGUACGAAUUUCACAUACAUUAUAUGACCUAGACAAGAUCAUAGAACUAAAUGGUGGACAACCACCUCUUACUUAUAAAAGAUUCCAGACUCUCAUCAGCAAAAUGGAACCACUAGAGAUACCAGUAGAGACAAUUACUUCAGAAGUGAUAGAAAAGUGCACAACUCCUCUGUCUGAUGACCAUGAUGAGAAAUAUGGAGUCCCUUCACUGGAAGAACUAGGUUUUGAUACAGAUGGUUUAUCUUCUGCAGUGUGGCCAGGUGGAGAAACUGAAGCACUUACACGUUUGGAAAGGCAUUUGGAAAGAAAAGCUUGGGUGGCAAACUUUGAAAGACCUCGAAUGAAUGCGAAUUCCCUGCUCGCUAGCCCUACUGGACUCAGUCCUUAUCUCCGAUUUGGUUGUUUGUCAUGUCGACUGUUUUACUUCAAACUGACAGAUCUCUACAAAAAGGUAAAAAAGAACAGUUCCCCUCCCCUUUCCCUUUAUGGGCAACUGUUAUGGCGUGAAUUUUUCUAUACAGCAGCAACAAAUAAUCCACGCUUUGACAAAAUGGAAGGAAAUCCCAUCUGUGUUCAGAUUCCUUGGGAUAAGAAUCCUGAGGCUUUAGCGAAAUGGGCAGAAGGACGGACAGGCUUUCCAUGGAUUGAUGCCAUCAUGACACAGCUUCGUCAGGAGGGUUGGAUCCAUCAUUUAGCCAGACAUGCAGUUGCUUGCUUCCUGACACGAGGUGACCUGUGGAUUAGUUGGGAAGAAGGAAUGAAGGUAUUUGAAGAAUUAUUACUUGAUGCAGAUUGGAGCAUAAAUGCUGGAAGUUGGAUGUGGCUGUCUUGUAGUUCCUUUUUCCAACAAUUUUUUCACUGCUAUUGCCCUGUUGGUUUUGGUAGGAGAACAGAUCCCAAUGGAGACUAUAUCAGACGUUAUUUGCCUGUCCUACGAGGCUUCCCUGCAAAAUAUAUCUAUGAUCCCUGGAAUGCGCCAGAAGGUAUUCAAAAGGUAGCCAAAUGUUUGAUAGGAGUUAAUUACCCCAAACCAAUGGUGAACCAUGCUGAGGCAAGCCGUUUGAAUAUUGAGAGGAUGAAACAGAUCUAUCAGCAGCUUUCACGAUAUAGAGGACUAGGUCUUCUUGCAUCAGUGCCAUCUAAUCCUAAUGGGAAUGGAGGCCUCAUGGGGUAUUCUCCUGGAGAAAAUAUCCCAGGUUAUAGCAGCAGUGGAAGUUGCACUCCAGGGAGUGGUAUUUUACAUUAUGCUUAUGGAGAUAGUCAGCAAACUCACCUAUUAAAGCAAGGAAGAAGCUCCACGUGCACUGGUCUCAGCAGUGGGAAACGUCCUAGUCAGGAAGAGGACACACAGAGUAUUGGUCCUAAAGUCCAGAGACAGAGCACUAACUAGAAAACAUUCAGAAGGAAUACCGUUGCAGCAGAAAUUGGUGGGCAGUUCAGUACUUUUUCAGUUAAAUUAUUUUAAAAUGUUCUUCAUUAAUGGAAAACAGUUACAUAUUGAAAUGCAUUAUUUCUAAUAACAUUUCUGUAGUUUUUAACUUUUUAAUGAAUUUGACAUAGGACAAAUGGUAAUUUGUAUAUAAAGAACUUGGUAAAAGAAUUUGCUUAAUGUAAAUAUGAAUAGUCACAAUUAGUAUAGACCCAUCAAUAUAUUUUUGAUAAUCUUUCAUGUAUGGUAAAAAUUAAAGUGGCAAACUGAUAUUCUGAUAUAAAAAUCAAAGUUUUGAGAGUCAAUGUGAGAAUAUAGGAUUUUAGACUUUCUUAAAAGACUUUGUUAAAAUUUUAAGACAGAAUUUUUCUUGACAUCAUUAUUUGGUCUAACUUUGAACUCUUUGACAAUAAUGUUUCAGAAAACAUGUGUAAUCAAAAUUGGUAGUUGUAGCCUCCAUUAACAUAGACAAUAUAUAUUUUAAAGCUUUAUGUAUGCCUGUUUUGACCCAAAGUUGUGGAUAUCAUAGUAUCAUGUGUUAAGUUCUUCUUGUCUCCCUUUCUUUGUUCAGUUACAGCUAAAGUGACUUUGUUAUUAAAGUAUAUGCGUAU